AUGUCACCGUCAGAUGAAGGUUUUGACAGAUAUGAGCCGCCAUACUAUUGCCAGCCUAGUCAUCAAGGCAGCCCUAUGGACGGCGGUGUAUACUGGCCUGGCUCGAACGGCGAAGCUCACGAGUUCGACAACCAGGAUGUGUACCACGAUACAACUCAUUAUAUAGGCAGAGGAUACGGUUAUGAAGAAAUGCAGAUGGCUAGCAAUGAUCCUUAUGACACAUAUCAUCACAAUAUGACUCACAGUUAUACACCGAAUAACACAGGUCUAGAAUGUGAUCUCCAGUCCCUCCCUCUCCGCUUCGACCGUCCCGCUUCCUCCUUCGUCCGCGUCGCCAAGCGACGGACAACAGCCAACAAGAAGGAACGUAGACGUACCCAGAGCAUCAACACGGCAUUUUCUGACCUUCGAGAAUGCAUACCUAAUGUGCCACCAGACACCAAAUUGUCCAAGAUGGUGAGAAAGAGAUCGCAGAGCAUCAACUCUGCGUUCACGAGUCUCAGACAACAUAUACCUAACGUUUUGCCAGAUACUAAGAUGACGAAGAUCAAAACCCUGCGGCUGGCCACGUCAUACAUCAGCUAUCUCCUGAAGGUUCUGGAGACGGAUGGGGAGCCAGCUGGAGGGUUUAGAGCUGAUCUGCAUCAUACCUCUCCGAGGAGAAGAACUGAUGGACAGGUCUCCGCGCCUUGUCGCGUCGGUGUCAGGCGUUAUCUUUAA